AUGAAUAUCGAUGUUUCUUAUGACCCAGACCAUGAUUUCUUUGAUGCUUAUGGUAUAAGCGGUUUACAUAAAGGACUAGAGAAGCCAUCUGCCUUCAAAAAUUCAACUCUCGCUUUCAUUGAAAAUUGCAAAAGCAAACCAGACAUGAGAUACGACAUAAGAACAACUUCGGAUCAAUUAGGAUUCAAGCAAAGACGAUUUUACGAGGUUAUUAAUGUCUUCGAAACGAUCGGUUGCUGCCCCAAAGUAGAUUCGGAAACAUUCGUUUGGAUAGGAUUUGAUCAAACGAGAUAUACAAUAGAACGAAUAGCCAACGAACAUGGGGUUUUCUACCCUAACUAUACGCUUGAAGAUAUCUUUUGCAAUCAUGGCUGCAUCUCUGUACAAAGAGUUACGGAAGAAUUUUUACUACUCUUCAUAUCCCUGGAACGCCGAAAAAUAAAUAUAUUAGAAGCUUCUUCGUUUUUAUCAAGAGAUAAUGACCGAGAAAAAACUACAAGAUGUAAACUAUAUCAAGUAGCAGCAAUCUUGGAAAUUGCCAAAAUUAUAAGAAAAACAGAAAAACCAAGUGAAUUCGAAUUACUCCCUGAAUAUUUUAUCAAAGCUUCCGAUAAAAUGAAGAAAGGAGAGAACGAUCCCAUAUCAUUGCUUGCACUUUUGAAUCGACCAGAACCAUUUUGCCUGGAUAUGGUUUGCCCAGCCAUUAAUUCAAGGAUUAGAGAAUAUUAUUCAUUUAAUGAAUGA